AUGGAUCCAAUUCCACCGGAACAGUUGGCUGCCUUGGCCAAGGAAGAUCGGGGUCCGCUCACCAAAUCUAUCGUUGUUGCUUUUACAUGCAUAGCGGGGAUUUGUGUCGCCCUGCGUAUCAUCACUCGGCUCCGAUUCUUGGGAAGAUCAUUAGGAUGGGAGGACUACGCCAUUGUCGUCUCUAUGGCGCUGGCUAUUGCUACUGGCGUACUCCAAGUCAUGCAGGCGGACGCUGGCAACGGCAAGCAUGCAGUCUUCAUCGAGUUUCCAGGUGGAGUUGAGAAGAUUCUGAUCUACCUGUUCUGGAGUAUCAUCUUCUACAAUACCAGCCUCAUGUUCACGAAGAUAUCCAUCCUUCUACAGUACGGCCGGAUCUUUACUCUGCGAGAAAUGCGCAUACCACUCCACAUCGUCAUGGCCAUCUGUGUAGCUUGGGGUGUUACUACGCUCUUCACUUCCAUCUUCACAUGUGUCCCUGUCCAUGCCUACUGGAAGAUAUUGGAGCAGCCCGGAGCGAAAUGUAUCGACAACAAGACGAUUUGGUAUGUGAACGCCAGCAUCAACAUCUUCACCGACCUCAUCGUGGCCUUCCUUCCCGUUCGUGUCAUUUGGACUCUCCAAAUCGCUUUGCGCCAAAGGGUCGCGCUCAUGGCCAUCCUUACCAUCGGUUGGUUUGUCUGCGUCGUAUCGAUUCUACGCCUACACGCUCUCAUCGUGCUUGUCGAUCACCCGGACGACAACACAUAUUAUAGCGCACCGACAGCCUACUGGUCCGCAAUCGAGAUGAACCUAGCUAUCGUAUGCGCAUCGCUUCCUGCGCUCAAGCCACUGGUUGUCAAGAUCAUCCCCGGCUUCUCGUCCACCGUCCCCUCCGGCCGAUCAUACGGAAAUGGAUACGGAACUGGCACCAUUGGCAGCAGUGCCACCAAACAUCGGAGCGUUCAUGGUAUCAGGAGCACUGCAAGACAUACUGACGAAGACUUUGAACUGGCACUGGGCCGGCCAGGUAGCACGACACCUUACGAGACAGGUGCCGAUGGAGGGGGCAUGUUUGGGAAAAACAUUUAUGUCUCGCGACAAUUCGAACAGCAUUUUGAGCAGAGCUCGCGGAUCAGUGACAGCGAGAGCCAGAAAGAUUUGGUCUCAGAACGCAAAGAUUCGCAGUGGUCGUCCGGCAACAGUCAGUCUUGA